CUUUUUUAAGUUGCUAAUUUUGCUUCAUUUUGCUAUUCUUUAUUUAACAUACAAAGAAAUUCUACAUAAACAUUUUCUAUUAACUUAUUAAAGGUUCUAACGUCUAACUACGUCAGUAGCGUUAAACUGUAAUAGCAGAUCAAAUUUCCAGUAUCACCCAGAUGGAAGUUACCAGAGAAAAUUUCCAAACUUUGUAUCAAGAUAAACUCAAACAAAUUGAUAAACUGUUAAAUUCUUCUAAAAGAAAAAAUAUAGUUGCGUUUGUUGGAUUAACUGGUUCUGGUAAGAGUACUCUAAUUAAUUAUCUAUGCAGAAAAGAACUAAAAGUUGACGAAGAUGAUAAUAUUGUAUUAAAAAAUCCGAGUGAUCAAAGUGCAAUGCAAAUCGGAACAACCAGUGUUUCAGAAACAUCGUUGCCAAAAUUUUGUGAAUUUGAAAACGUUUUAUUCUACGAUUUACCAGGAUUCCGCGAUACAAGAGGAGUGCUUGAAAAUUUAUUGAAUUCAGCUAUAAUUAAGAAUAUUAUUGAAAAUGCUGACACAACUAUUAUUGUUUUUGUAGUUAGUGAAGAUGAAAUCAUUGCAGGAAGAGGUAAACUUUUUAAAAAGCUUCUUUCUUGUUUAGAAAAACUUAUUCCCAACGUUGCAUUUCAAGAAAGAAGUGCAUUAGUAAUAACUAAAAGUUCGCCAGGAAAAAGUGUUGAAGACUUGGUGAAAAAGCUAAAUCAAAAAGUUGAUGGAGAUGAUAUAAAGAAGUGGCAUUCCAUUGGAUAUUUUGCAAAAAUGCAGAUGGUUCAUGAAAAAAAUAUUGAAGAAGCAGAACGACAACAAAUACUUAAAGCGAUUUUCAAUGUCGCACAAAAACCUAUUAGUACUGUUCAUAUUUGCUCUACAUUCGAUAGCAGAUUGUCAAGUUUACUCAUAAACAUUUGUAGCGACGAGAUGGAAAAAUAUUUUAAGGACUUUCUUUUAAAUAUACUGGAUGUAAAUUUGAUCAGUUCCUUUUCUAUUUCAGUAUUAGAAGAUAAAAUUAAUAAACUUGAAAAAUCUGUUGAGGAAUGUCAGUUUGAAGGUUCAACACUUAUUGUGCUUUUAAAAACAAUUUCACAAAAAAUUUUGGAAUCUGCUUUAGGUAAAAUGAGAGAUAAAAUGAGAGUCCAAGUUGACAACUUAAUUUUGCAAUGUACCCUUGAAAUUGAAAAUAAGAAAAAUGAGAAUAUUCGGAACAAUGUUCAUAAAAUAGGAUUUGCAGUAGCUGGUAUAGCCUUGUCUUUUUUAUUCAAAAAGAUGGUUAGCCUUUGAAAAUAUAUAUGAGCCAGUUAGAAUCUAUACUGUGGAUUAUUUAAUAAAGAAAAAAGCUUCAGAAUUAUACCGAACAUUUUUUUGGUAUAUUUUUUGUCUAUAAAGUGUAUAUUUAGUAUUUAGUUGUUAUUUAAAUUCACUCAAUUAAAAAAUUUUGAAAACACGUUAGCAGUUUUAUAAUAAAUUUCUAAGUUCUUUUAUAAGAACAUAUUAUUUAUUUAAAAAUAUUUUGUAUCGCAUCACUCUUAUUUAUUUUGCAUCAUUCAAAUGUCAAAUAGUCAAACAUGCAAACCUUACAAAUAAGAAUAUUUGAUCUUAUAUUUCAUUAAAUCUAUUUACAAAAACUAUUACAUAA